AUGGAGUGGAAAUGGUUUCCAAUGAAAGAAAACGUGGAUGAUGAUGCCACCAGAAACACCGCACACAUCGAAGUGUCUUCCAUCAGCCGCUGGUUCACGAGACCAGAAUUCCUUAUUCGAGGACAAUACGAAUGGCCGAAGGAACCCUCAAAGUUAGACUUCUCUGAAGAUACCAAAAGGGAAUCAAGCAUUGACUUCUUGGACACGGCUGAUCCGCACGAUGGGGUGGGUGCUGCGCUUGAGAACUUUUCACAGGAUUCACGCUUGUUGACACAAAAUGAGAAAAUUCAACCAACCUCGAAACUUAUCGAGGUAUCGCCGAAAAUAGGAGACGAUGGAUUGCUGAGAAUGAAUGGCAGAAUUAGGAACGGCGAGAUCAGCCAAACAGUACGAGAGCCUAUUAUUCUGAGAAGAUCGAACCGCUUUGUGAGGAUCCUCAUUGAACAUCAUUUCCGCAAGGUAGGGCACAUCGGACAAGAGAGGGUAGUGAAUGAUUUGCGAUCAAAAUAUUGGAUCAAAAAGCUUCGAGCCACAGUAACAGCAGUAUGUAGCCAAUGCCAGACUUGUAAGAAUUGUAAGAUAAAACCGCAGACACCAGAAAUGGCAUCACUACCAGACAUUAGAACGGAAACCUUCAUCAAACCGCUCACCAACACUGGCGUCGACUACUUCGGACCGAUGGAACCAUGUCAAAUUUCUCUCAGAUUGUGUAACAAUGCCCAAACGAAUAACGCGCAACAACUUCUUCCAUUGCGAUCAUUCUUCGGGGAAAUCAUUAGGGCGCUUCAAGCGGCUGUCAAAUUCGCUAGAGGCAAACUAAAUCUAAACGGUUGA